AUGUCUACCUCUCUCGACCAGCUCAAGGCCACCGGCACCGUCGUUGUCAGCGACUCUGGCGACUUUGCCUCCAUCGCCAAGUACAAGCCCCAAGAUGCCACCACCAACCCCUCCCUCAUCCUCGCCGCUUCCAAGAAGGCCGAGUACGCCAAGCUGAUUGACGAGGCCGUCGCCUACGCCAAGAAGAAGGGCGGCUCCGUCGACGAGCAGGUCGACGCUGCCCUCGACUCCCUCCUCGUCGAGUUCGGCAAGGAGAUCCUCAAGGUCGUCCCCGGCAAGGUCUCCACCGAGGUCGACGCCCGCUUCUCCUUCGACACCAAGGCCUCCGUCGACAAGGCCCUGCACAUCAUUGACCUGUACAAGGAGCAGGGCAUCUCCAAGGACCGUGUCCUCAUCAAGAUCGCCUCCACCUGGGAGGGUAUCAAGGCCGCUGAGAUCCUCCAGCGUGACCACGGCAUCAACACUAACCUGACCCUCAUGUUCUCCAUUACCCAGGCCAUCGCCGCCGCCGAGGCCGGUGCCUACCUCAUCUCCCCCUUCGUCGGCCGCAUUCUCGACUGGUACAAGGCUGCCCACAAGAAGGAGUACACCAAGGAGGAGGACCCCGGUGUCAAGUCCGUCCAGACCAUCUUCAACUACUACAAGAAGUUCGGCUACAAGACCAUCGUCAUGGGUGCCUCUUUCCGCAACACUGGCGAGAUCACCGAGCUUGCCGGCUGCGACUACCUCACCAUCUCUCCCAACCUGCUCGAGGAGCUCCUCAACUCCGACGCCCCCGUCCCCAAGAAGCUCGACGCCGCCGCGGCCCAGAGCCUUGACAUCGAGAAGAAGUCGUACAUCAACGACGAGUCCCUCUUCCGCUUCGACUUCAACGAGGAGCAGAUGGCCGUCGAGAAGCUCCGUGAGGGUAUCUCCAAGUUCGCUGCUGACGCCGUCACCCUCAAGGACAUCAUCAAGGCCAAGGUCGAGGCAUGA